AUGACCUGCUCAGCCAUCCUGGUGCUCAGCCAUCCUGGUGCUCAAGAUGCUUUUCUCCAAACACCUCUCGAAACUCCUGAUCAACUCGAACUACACAAAGCUGCGCUCCUGUACCACAAACAAAAGCAUACUUUGCCACCUAUGCAACAAGUGCAAAAAUCUCCAGUCCAUUCACCUGAAGAAUCGAUACAGCAAAAAGUCGGCGUAUCACUAGAUUCCCAAAUAUCAAUCGGCAAUGUCUUUCAAGAUGGAAUACCAAGUCUCCCAGUGAUGCAUUUGCCCGAACAUCAUCUUGUUCGACUUCGAGAAUUGAAAAUUCAGAUAGUUGAUAAUAUCUCAUCUCCAACUGUUGAAAGACAAGAGGUUGAGGAAACUAAACGAUUCAAGACGAGUGGAGAUGUUGAAGAAAACAGGUUGGCCCAAGAAGAGCAACUCCCUAAUAAGACCGACGACAUUGCACACAAGACACCAAUGCACAUUAGCAACCUCUUUCGAACACAUUUCCACAGGACAAAAAACUGUACUUUUUCUAGUAUACUGUCUGAAAAGUCACGCAGGGCGGAAAUUGAGGACAAAACCAACAUCCGUUUCAAAGAAGCAACCGAAACCAAUUCCACCCAUCCAGUUCCCACCCAUGAUCCUAACUGGCCUUUACCCCCACCCGAAAGUUCAUCUACUUGCAAUAUGGCUAAUCGGGCCAGUGCGGAGCAGAAUUAUAACAGCUCCGAGAACACCAUCACAGUGGGAAAAGACAACAAGAACGAGGGCCAUUGUCAUAACUCAGAGUCAAUGAAAAUAAGUGAGACAAUCAUAGAAGAAAGACACGAGUUCGACAUUGGACCUUCAAAAGCAAGUAGAAUGAAAUUAUACCAGGCGUGGAAGAGACGAAUAUUGGAGCUAAGCGGGGCAAAAGAGGUUAAUUAG